AAUCUUUGUCAGCUCAAUUGGCUCAUGAGGUUAUGGCUAUUCAGCUUGUUGUUUUUCUAGCAUCCAUAUGUCAUAUUCUGCUGGUGGUGUCGGAGGGAGUCCAUGAUGACAAGUUGUGGCAUUUGAUGUCAACGUGCAGCAACAAACAACUUGUUUGGCAUGCUUGUAGGAAGGCUGAUUGUUGGGACUGGCCUGGGCUUGGGCCCUGCUGUUGCUGCUCUGUAUGUGACAGAGGUUUCUCCUGCUUUUGUGCGUGGUACCUAUGGGGCCUUCAUCCAGAUUGCGACAUGCUUUGGUAUAUUGGGCUCGUUAUUUAUUGGAAUCCCUGUCAAAGAAAUUUCUGGAUGGUGGCGGGUUUGUUUUGGGGUAUCUACCAUACCUGCAGCUAUACUUGCUCUGGCUAUGGUCUUUUGUGCAGAAAGUCCACAUUGGUUAUACAAGCAAGGAAGAACUGCUGAAGCUGAAGUUGAGUUUGAAAGGCUUCUGGGUGUAUCCGAAGCAAAGUUUGCAAUAUCACAGUUAUCCAAGGUAGAUAGAGGUGACGAUACUGAUACUGUGAAGUUCUCUGAAUUGCUUCAUGGUCAUCAUUCUAAAGUUGUUUUUAUUGGAUCAACCCUAUUUGCUUUACAACUGCUAUCUGGUAUAAAUGCUGUGUUUUAUUUCUCUUCAACUGUUUUUAAAAGUGCUGGAGUACCAUCGGAUGUUGCAAAUGUGUGCAUAGGAUUUGCUAAUUUGACAGUAAUCUUUGUAAAAAGAAAUGUGGUGGAAACCAAAGGGAAAUCACUUCAAGAAAUUGAGAUAGCACUUCUUCCCCAAGACUAGAGCUUCUUACAAAAACCCAUUCACUGCAGUAAUUUUGCAUAAUUUGAGGGCUAUCAUAGUGUCGGUUAU